AUGGAACUCGAGGAGCUCAUCCACAAGGCCAAGCUGGCAGAACAAGCGGAGCGCUAUGACGACAUGGCUGAAUUCAUGAAGACCGUGACAGAGAAGAGCGAAGAGCUGACCACAGAGCAGAGGAACCUGCUCUCUGUGGCGUACAAGAACGUGGUCGGGGCGAGGCGUUCUUCAUGGAGGGUGCUGACCAGUAUCGGGACCAAAACAGAUGCCAAAGAUUCAAAAAAACCUCUGGUCAAAGAGUACCAGGAGAAGGUGGAGGAGGAAUUGAAAACCAUCUGCAACACUGUUUUGGAGUUGCUGGAUAAGCAUUUAAUUCCGAAAGCUGAGGAAAACCUUGACAAAUGUGCCGAGAGCUAUGUUUUUUAUUUGAAGAUGAAGGGUGACUACUUCCGUUACCUUGCUGAGGUGGCCUCUGAUGCUGACAAACCAGAAACUACUAUAAAUUCCAGAAACGCAUAUGAGGCUGCGCUGAUAUGCUGCAAGGAAAAAAUGCCGUCUACUCAUCCCAUCCGCCUGGGCCUGGCUCUGAACUUUUCGGUCUUCUAUUACGAAAUCCUCAGCACACCCAAGGAAGCCUGCCGACUGGCCAAAGAAGCCUUUGAUGACGCCAUCGCUGAAUUGGAUAGACUAAGUGAGGAUUCCUACAAAGACAGCACUCUGAUCAUGCAGCUAUUGAGAGACAACUUGACGCUAUGGACCUCUGACAACGCUGGUGAUGAUGGUGAUGUAGAAGGUGGAGAAAAUGAGAACUAA